AUGACAAUAUAUGAGAGGCUUAAUGCCGCGACUUUUCUAGAAACGACAACAGUCAAACCAUUCUUUUACCAACAAGCAAAUUUCAAAUGCUUUUAUUGCACAGAAGUUUUUCCCGAAAUUCAGUCCGUAUUACAACAUACGGCUUACCACUCGGUUCCUGAAAGAUCGAGUCUCCUCAAACAAUAUUUAAGAAAAGGGAAACGCGUGAUAAAAGUCGAUAUAUCUAAUUUAAGGUGCAAGUUAUGUGACCAAAAAUUUUCAGACCUCGAUGAUACUAGAAAACAUUUGAUGUCCAUGCACAAAAAAGAGUUUAACACCGCUGGAAAUGGACUCAUGGCAUACGAUUUGAGUAUGAACAAUGGUGUUCUUUCUUGUCAUAAAUGUGGAAAAACCUUCAAUUCCUUUUUUCUGCUGAACCGACACAUGAAUGCGCAUUACAGUGUCGUUUGCGAAACUUGCGGGCUCGGUUUCAGUUCGCAUCAACGUUUGAUCAAUCACAGGAUAGUCCAUCAGAAUGGUGUGCAUAAAUGCGAUAGAUGCCAAGAUGUAUUUCCAACGAAAUUAAAAUUAAGGUACCACAUAUUUAAGAAACAUGAAAUUUCAAAUGCAAAGCGUGUUAAACCAUUGAAAUGUCCACAUUGUUUGGAAAGGUUUUCGGAGCACUAUCGUAAAAUGACGCACUUGAAAGAGGCGCAUGGAAUAACUUUUACGUUUGAGUGUCAGGUAUGCAAAGCGGUUUUACCAACGCGAAGAGCUUUAACGGAACACACUACAAAGCAACACACUCAAAAAAUACAGUGUAAGGUAUGCGGAAAGUGCUUCGGGACUAAGUCACUUUUGAAGAUGCAUGCCCGUGGCCAUACUGGUGAAAGGAAUUUCUUUUGCAGCAUAUGCCAGAAAGCGUACAUGCAUGAGCGGACACUACGUCAGCAUAUGCGGGUGCAUGGACCAGUGUUGAAGUUCACGUGCUGUGAAUGCGGUAGUGGCUUUCAUAAUCGUAACGAUUACAAUAAACAUAUGAAGCAGUGGCAUCCACAGUGGCAGUUUAGGACAAUUGUUAAAAAUUUUGGUACUGAAAUUGUAGAUUGAAUGUGAUGUACAAUUGUCUGAUGAAUAAAUAAUGUGAUAAUUAA